GUGUUAAGCAUCGGUGUCUAGGACGUCUCCAUCUCCUUCGUCGCCAGCGCCAUGAGAUCAGCAGGCUGUCCACAUUUACGUGGCGCGGCAAGAAAAAGGCAGCCGUGUUCACUGUUCAGCUCGGCCGGGCACCAGCUUCUCGGAGGUGGUUACGCUCUAGCGACGCUUUGAGGUAGCAUCGCCGUCGUGGGAGCGCCGCGGAUAUUCGAUUCCCUCGGCAGGCAAACCUGGAAGGAAAUCACCCUUCCAAUUCCAAGUUCCAACUCAAUCAGACACCCCGCAGCGCAGGGCCGCCUCGAUCGCCACCUCCCCUUGCUCGCUUGCUCCGCUGCGCCGGCGCCGCCUCGGUCGGUCCCCCGCCGCCAGCCUCCCGCCAUGUCCGGCGCGGCAGUCCAGGCGGUGGAGCCCCGCCCAGCGGCAGCUGCUGGACCCGCGGCCGCCGCGUCUCAGCCGGCGGCGGGAGGGGGCGGCGGGGCGGCGGGGCAGGCGGCGACGAUGGAGCACGUGCGGCUGGCGCUGCGGGAGACGGAGGCGGAGCGGGAGGCGCGGAUCCGGGCCGUCUUCGCCUCCUUCGACGCCGCGGGCCGGGGCCACCUCGACCACGCGCAGAUCGUCGCGGGGCUCGCCGCGCUGCGCGUCCCCGCCGUCCCCGAGGGGGACGCGGGGUCCGGCGCCGGCCUCGAGGACUACGCGCGCGCGCUGCUCCGCGCCUGCGACCGCGACCGCGACGGCCGGGUCGGGUACGACGACUUCCGCAGGUACAUGGACGACAAGGAGCUCGAGCUCUACCGCAUCUUCCAGGCCAUCGACGUCGAGCACAACGGCUGCAUCCUGCCCGAGGAGCUCUGGCACGCGCUCGUCAAGGCUGGUAUAGAAAUUGGUGAUGAAGAGCUUGCAAGAUUCGUUGAGCAUGUGGAUAAGGACAAUGAUGGUAUUAUUACUUUUGAGGAAUGGAGAGAUUUUCUUUUGCUUUACCCUCAUGAAGCAACCAUCGAGAACAUUUAUCAUCACUGGGAAAGGGUCUGCCUUGUAGAUAUAGGUGAGCAGGCUGCUAUACCAGAAGGAAUAAGCAAACAUGUGAGUGCAAGCAAAUAUCUGACUGCUGGAGGCAUUGCUGGUGCAGCAUCUCGUACAGCAACGGCGCCUCUUGACCGCCUUAAAGUUAAUAUGCAAGUGCAAACAAACCGUACUACAGUUGCACAUGCAGUCAAGGGUAUAUGGAGAGAGGGUGGUCUACUGGGCUUUUUCAGAGGGAAUGGAUUGAAUGUGGUAAAAGUUGCUCCAGAAAGUGCUAUAAGAUUCUACACCUACGAAAUGCUUAAAGAAUACAUAAUGAAAAGUAAAGGAGAAAAUAAGAGUGACAUUGGUACCUCUGGGCGUCUCAUAGCUGGUGGUUUGGCUGGUGCUGUCGCACAGACAGCGAUUUAUCCCAUUGAUUUAGUGAAGACCCGUCUACAGACUUAUGAAGGAGGCAGGAUUCCUAGCCUUGGUGCACUAUCAAGGGAUAUAUGGAUACGUGAAGGUCCUCGAGCGUUCUACAGAGGCCUUGUUCCAUCAUUGCUUGGCAUGGUCCCUUACGCUGGAAUUGAUCUUACUGUUUAUGAGACACUGAAAGAAAUGUCGAAGACAUAUGUCCUCAAAGACAGUGAUCCCGGCCCUUUAGUACAGUUGGGCUGUGGAACAGUCUCUGGAGCGCUAGGAGCAACAUGUGUUUACCCUUUGCAAGUUGUCAGAACAAGAAUGCAAGCUCAGUCAGCCAAUUCAGAGGAUCCAUAUAGAGGAAUGACUGAUUGUUUUCGGAGAACACUACGUCGUGAGGGAAUUUCUGGAUUUUACAAAGGGCUUGUACCGAAUCUUCUUAAAGUGGUGCCGGCUGCAAGUAUUACCUAUCUUGUUUAUGAGACAAUGAAGAAAAGUCUCUCCCUAGAUUAAAUAGUUUUUUAGGUUUUCUGGUUUUGCAUACCAGCAACUGAGUGUAGAGAUAGUAUUGAGGCAUGCCAUUCCUGGUUGAGUAGGCGCUAACAUAACGGCUCUGAAGUGUGAGAGUAUUUUGCCCUCAAGAUAGUAAAGGCAGGGCAUUCUCAUUCUUAAUGACAGAAAUAAAAAAGGUGAUAUUUGUCAGAUCAUCAAGGGUCCAUACUGGAACUGGAAUACAGUGCUUUCUCAUGUUUCAGUGUACAGGGGGCAUCUCCGGCGCCUAGUUAGCUGUCGAGGCGGUUUUGUUCAUACAAUUUGUGACCAUUACAGCGGGGCAUUGUUUACUUACCCCCAACUGCUUGUGCUUCUGAGCUUUCGACAGAAGCUGUGACAUUUGCUGACCUAGCAUUUUCCUGCAUAAGAGGGUGCUGCCUGUAUAUCUACUUUACUUCAGUGGUACGCCGGCAUGAUCAACCUGUAUCGCAUCAAUGCGCAGUUCAUGAAUGCGACACCUUGCUUAUUUGAGAAAUGUAAGAGAUGGUAAACUGAUGCCCGUUCAGUCACAUAUUUCGUGGAUC